AUGAGCCAGAUCCCGUCAGUAAAACGUACAGUACUUCUCGCUGCGUCAGAGAUCCUCGAUGAUUGUUUUUUGCACUGCUUCAGCCUCCGGCCCCGCUCGGUCCGGCCCCGCUCGGUCCGGCCCCGCUCGGUCCGGCCCCGCUCGGUCCGGCCCCGCUCGGUCCGGCCCCGCUCGGUCCGGCCCCGCUCGGUCCGGCCCCGCUCGGUCCGGCCCCGCUCGGUCCGGCCCUGCAUCUGUUACAGUCUUUACUCAGAACAGACUAAAGCACAGGUCUGGAAGUUCUAA